GGCGCUGGUGCUGAUGCGGGAUGAGUCAGGCUGUGGGAUGUUGCUGCCAUUUCAUCAGCACAAUUUCCAAACAAUUUCCCUGUCUUCGAAACGUGGAGGAAAAGGCGACGGGAUGAGCCGCUGUGUGUCUGAGUGAGCUGGUCAGUGCGGCUGUGGUCUGUUAGCGAGGUUACGGAGAGGCUCUCAGUGCAGGGCGCGCUGCUGUGGGCUGCACCUGUUUACUCUCCCCGUUGUUUUGCUCGUUAUGCUGUAAGCGAGUAAAGCAGGCUGGAGCAGGUGUCUGUCUCCGCUCUGGCUGCUUAUCUCUCCGUGCGCUUUCUAGAAAGUCCACCAUCCUUUCAGGAGCAUGGAGUCUGCCUUCACUGAGCUCUGAGCAGCCCAGACAAACGCAAGCCAGACAGCCAUGGAAGCAAUAUGGCUUUACCAGUUUCGUCUGAUCGUCAUUGGGGACUCCACGGUUGGCAAAUCCUGUUUGAUCAGGCGCUUCACUGAAGGACGCUUCGCACAGGUGUCUGACCCAACAGUCGGGGUGGAUUUCUUCUCUCGCCUGGUCGAGAUUGAGCCAGGCAAACGCAUCAAACUCCAGAUUUGGGACACUGCGGGUCAGGAGCGCUUCAGGUCCAUCACCAGGGCAUACUACCGCAACUCUGUGGGUGGCCUGCUACUCUUCGACAUCACAAACCGCCGUUCCUUCCAGAACGUUCAUGAGUGGCUGGAAGAGGCGCGCAGCCAUGUGCAGCCACACAGCAUCGUCUUCCUGCUGGUGGGCCACAAGUGCGACCUGGAGUCCCAGAGGCAGGUCACGCGGCAGGAAGCGGAGAAGUUGGCUGCAGCAUACGGCAUGCGCUACGUGGAGACCUCAGCACGUGACGCCAUCAAUGUGGAGAGGGCCUUCACAGAGCUGACACGGGAUAUCUUUGAGCUGGUGAAGCACGGCGAGAUCGUCAUUACAGAAGACUGGGAGGGGGUCAGGAGUGGAUUCGUGCCCAACGUGGUGCACUCAUCAGAGGAGGUGACCAAGAGUGAGCGCAGGUGCCUCUGUUGAUCCACCUGAAGACUCCCAUGACCUGACCCUCACCUAUUCAGAAUCCCUACAAUCAGAGGGCAAGCUUUUGGCCCUCAGCUAAGACAUAACUCCUUGCCUGCCUGCUGAAUGCUUCCUAAGUCUCUACCCAGCCCCUCCGUUCCUCCACUAUUCCAUAGAGUUACUGCCUCGCCAUUCACAAGAACAGAGCACACCGACCUGAGAAACACCAACAAAUGCUGGCUGUUGAUUUAGAUUGUUUAGAAAAAGAACCAAAUGAACCAGUGUGAAUGAGCGAGAAAGUGAAUGGAAAAGAAUAUUCUAGAAGAUCCAAACAAUUGCACAUAGGUGUGGCAUACCAAUCAAAUGUUUGAGCUUGUAGGGUCAGAAUACUUUGCCUUUAUAUCCAUUGAUCAAUAAAAAGGACAAAUUAUAGCACUUUUAAUCUCCCCCUAAAGGCCAAACAGUACCUUACUUCUGCACCUUCCCCCUAUCUACACAUCUGUCAAUCAUUAGAAAGCCAUGAGAUGUUUCCCAUGAGGUUACACUGUCUCCAGAGACUUGGCCUACUGAAGGCAUUCACAAAGACUGUUCCGCAGGAAGAAAAAUCAGAGACAGUGGAGUUGUUUACUUGCAGACUUUUAUGUGUUGACUACAGAAAGAACUGCUGUUUGGUGCUCAGAAAGCUUAUUUGCUGCUUGAGCUAAAAAAAAAAAGACUUGAUUCCUUGUUUGAGGUGUAUAUGCAUACUUAUUAAGGCUUUGGCUGUGGAUACAAUGAGAUUGCAAUAUGGUAGUACAUUACACUCAAUUUCACAAGGUGGUAAAACAGGCCUCAAGUGUAAGACAGUGAAUUUUCACAUCAACCGAGAAUUAGCCUUUUUUUCUAAGUUCAUAUCAGAGAAUAUACGGAGUCAUUGAAUUUGCUGGAGCAUAAACUGUAACCAGAAGUACAAGAAGGCCUCAGAUCUAAGAUAAACUUGUGCUUCUGUGAACUUACCAAAGGGAUUUAUGUAAAUUUGCAAUCAAAGAAAUAAGCCAUUGAAAGAGAAUGGAAAUAAGGUGCACUGUCCCACGACAAACACCGCUACACAUCUCUGAUGCUGUCGGCUUCUUUAAGGUUGAGCAUAAUUACUUAACUUGUAUACUCCUCAAAGUGUUUUCAGAUAUCAUCGCUAGGGAUUGAUUUACACGAAUAGUUGAGUUGCACUGGCAUACAUACCAACAUGCCAUUAAACCUCAUUAUACAAACUGAUUUUCUUCUAUUUCCCAAAUGCAUUUCAGUUCAUCACUUCAGUGAAGAUCUGCACGCAAAAAUGCACCUUUACUUUUACUCCACUGUCCCUUUCCCACUCAAUCUGGAAUUAAUUCAUCACACAUAAAGCUCUGAACUUGUGUUGUUCAUAUAAAAAGAACACUGGGUCUAAGCUGGUUUUCUCUUGAAGAAAAAUAAAUGCCAUUUUCAAAAAUCCUUGCUGUCAUGCUUUACUUUGCUGUGUGUACACUUUUCCUCUGAACAUCACUAGAUCUGCACAAGGUUGUUCAAGAGUUGAAAUACAAAUGUUGUUACAUGCAAGCCAACACUGAUAAAGAACUGAACCGACACCUUAGACUUACAACCUCACCAAAAUAUCUUGCACAACUCAGCAAGCUUUGUCAAAUGUGACAAAGUUGCUUUGACAGCAAUAGGCUAGUUUGCACAUUCUAAAUUACAGAACAUUCUUGAAAUGUAACGGUAAACUUACUUUCACCCAGUGUCUUUUCAAUGCACUGGAGUGUUAACUUGCUUGUAGCAUCAUUAACAUUUCGACUGCUAAAUGGCCUCACAGAUCCAGUGACAUUCAAACAUACUAAGGACAAUUAAUUUUUUUACACAAAGCAUGAUGGCUGUGGUCCUCAAAAGUCUCUCUUAUUUUUACUGUGGAGAAAACCAGCUUAGACUCAAGAGUUCCAAUAUGGGUACAACACCAUUUUCAGCGGUCUUUUGCCCCACACAGACCUCCAGAACUGAUUGGAAUGGAACAUAAUACAUAUGUAAUUGAAUGUCUGUUAUUCUUAGGGCUGUACAAUGCAUUUGCAUGUUCAUCAUUACCCACAAUACAGGCCUCUGCAGUAUGAUAAUCUAACAUUUCAUUCAGUAAUACAAUCAUACAGUGCAGUCCUAGUCAUAUGGCUUGAUUCUGUCAUUUAGACCGAGGUAUUGCAGGGGCAGACUUUGAAUUAGGCUGGUGUGGGUGCAUCUGAGCUCCUGAACUAUGAAAUAUUAAUAACUGUACCUGUUACAAUCGGUUGUGGCACUGUGUACCUCUUUAUCAAAAGAACUUGAAAUGUACUAAAGAUUAAAAUACCAUGGCAAGA